AUGACUAGACUGCAAAUCGACUCGAUUGAUAUGCGUACAAGACCCAAUGUUAUUUCAUGUACUGUUAUAUUUGAAUUGAAAAGCUUGUUUCCAGACAUGUGUUUCAUUCGAGGAAGACCCAGACAUCCUCAAAGUCAAGGCUGUAUUGAACGUGCCAAUGGUGUUUUAAGUAUUGCAUUGGGUAAAUGGUUAGAUGCGAACAAUUCAGUUAAUUGGUCAGAUGGUCUGCUACCAGUUGUUUAUGGAUUCAACACAAGAGUAUCGUCAACGACAAAAACAACACCAUAUGAAAUAAUGUUUGGUCAACGUCCACGAUCGGAUUCCGAUUUUUGA